UCUCCUAAGCCACCGACUCAUCCCCUUUGAGAAAAUUGGUGACAAAGCUUGAAAUUUAUUCUUCUUUUCUUGUUAAAUAACAAGAUUUGGGGCUUAGAACUCUCUUUAAACCCAGAAAUUUCAGAUCUGCCUUGUUCUUCCCCUUUGUCUGUCCGCUGUUCUGCCGGGUGUGAAUCCUUCGGGAUUUUUGUUUUCAUGAUUUCUUCUCCGGUCUCCGUCGGCCUCCAUACCCGCCAGCUCCGGUUUUGGUUGCUGGAAAAAUUCUGGUUCCUGAUCGUUUGUCAGUUUAGCACUGAGAUCGAGUCUUCGGUUUUAUGCGAGUGAGGUAAGUAAAUUUAUGGUAAUGCCCGUACUGUUUUUAAAAGCAUAUUUUGAUUUGUUUUUUUUGAAGUGGUGGCAGGACUAAACCCGUUUUAUACAAGCAUGACUGAUUUGAAGCGAAAUUUUUAUGUUUUCAUUAAAUUGAGCAUGCCUACUUGGAAUUUAAGUGACUAUCCUGAUGAUCUGAAAGUGAUGAUCUGAAAGUGAUUGUGAAUUGUGAUUUUCCUGUGAACUUCUGCCUGUUUUGUCUCCGAUAUGGUCAUGUUAUUCGUGUGCCCGCUAGUGGGAGGUUUAUAAACGCUAGCACAUGUCGACAUGUUAUUGAUAGAACCAGUUCGUUUGAGUGACCCUGCUAGUGGGGAUUAUACACCAGCAAAUUCUGUAGCCUGCCAGUGGGAGGUUUAUAACACUGGCCAUGACCUAUAGAGGAGACGUCUAUUUCGUGCCCGUACUGUAUCUGUUUUCAUGAUUACACUUGUUGGCAUGCUAUGAGUUUAAUUGACGAUUUGUCAUUGAAUGCUUUGCAAGUGAGCUGAAUCUGAUUUUGCAUUGACAGUUUUGUCAUUGAACGUUUUGCUAUUGAACCGAAUUUGAUUUCUGCAUUUACGGUUUAUCAGUGAAAAUUCUGUUAUACUUACAUGGUUUAUCUGGCAUGCUUACAUUUUUA